AUGGAUGACCUGAGUGACAACGAGUACGUGAAUGGCAUCAGGGACACCGCUAGAAGCACAAAAGAAAGGGCCGGUGAUUUCUUGCAAGACGUUGUCGACAACGAGAAUGUCGACAUGGUCAGGGAAAGGUUGACCGAUAGCGCCAGGGCCAUCAAGGACUCCGCUGAGCGAGGGCGCGAUGAGGCAGGAGAACUGAGAGAAGAAUACCACGAACGAGGUGGUUUGGGAAUGAUCGGCGAUAAGUUGAGCAACGCCGGCAGAGCCAUCCGAGAUGCCGUCCAAUCAGUCGGCAUGAAGGCUGGAGUCUUGAAGGAUGAAACCAUUGAGACGUUGAGUGAAGAAGGAGAAGCUGUCAAACGACGGUUUGCCUAA